CAUGUGGAAGGGCCUGAAUGUGAACUGCACUGACAGCUCAGGAUACACACCUUUACACCAUGCUUCCCUGAAUGGACACAGGGAUGUGGUACUGAAACUUCUUCAGUUUGAGGCAUCAACAAAUGUGGCUGACAGCAAGGGCUGUUUCCCUCUCCACCUGGCCGCUUGGAGGGGAGACGUGGACAUUGUCCGUAUCCUUAUCCACCACGGCCCCUCCCACUGCCGUGUCAACCAA